UUCUGGGGUCUGAGGUACUGGGUACUGGGAUCCCUGUCCUAUCCUCUAGUUUUAGUCUGGCAUGCGGGCCACUGCAGUAACAGUAGCAGCACAGCGGUGGAAAUGCCAGUAAGAGGAGCUCCAGUCGCCGCUCAUUAAGUGCCACUCUACGACAGUUGUCGCUAAUGCCGCCGCAUCGUCCCAUCCUUUCCCCGGGUCGCUCACUGAGUCAACGUAAAUUUGCAAAUAUUUGCUGGAAUCGGACGAGAGCACAAGUGCGCCACCAUGUGAAGCUGCUUUUGCUGCUGUUGCAGCUAUAGAAGGGCAGUAAAAUUCCUAGAAUUUUUGCACCCAGCGCGAGCGGGACUUGAACUUAAAUGAGUGUUAGACGAAAGAGUUGCAGAUGAUGGGCGGGCAGGAGGAUCUGCAAAUAUGUCUGCUCUCCAUUUCCCCUUUUCCGAAACUGCUGCUGGCCCUCGAAAGCCCUGAAGAAGUUUGGCACUUUAAAUGCCAAAUGCCAGCCGGGGGAACCACUCUCCACUAAUCCAGUCCCUGAGUCUAUUUUCCCCUCCCGCCUGCUUCGCAAACAGUCCGAUGCAAUUAUCCCCGCCUGACCAAAAACCCACCUGAGGCUAUCGGCGAAUCUCUUUUUCAUUUCCUUUAUGGCCAACCGCAUAUGGUAUAUGGCUAUAGCAUAUAGUUAGUGUGCCUGCUCCCCGCCUCUCUCUGGAAAAUUUUCCAACAAUUGUCAUAUUAUACUUUUGGGUUCUAUUCACUUGGUUCACUCCAUUGUCCUCCUGCAUUCAGUUGGCCACUCCCUGGUUUCCCUUUUGAUAACCAUGUCGGCGAAGGGCGCCACUUGCACCCUGUGUACCUGCAGCUGCAACCUGGAUGGUUGGGAUGGCUUAAAUGGCGAGGAGUGCUCGAAAGUUAUGGGAAAUCUGUGGCAAUGAAGAGAAAAGUAACGCCUUAAACUUUGAUUAAUAAACACGGUCAUAAUCCACUUAUUAAGAUGAAGAAUCGUAAAUGGAAGAUUUUAUAAAUCAUUUCUUAAUUUGGAACACAACACCCACUCCCUUUUCUCUUGAAUAAAUAAACAAUCUUCUCCAGUUCCAGAAAAUAUCCAUAUAUAUUGGGAUCACUUAUUUUCUUUCUGAGUUUUUUGAGUAAUUUGAUCACUUCCCAGCGAUUUAUUUUGAGAAGGGUGGCCACCAAAUUGGGGUCAACUUUUGAAAGCUUGCAUCCUGCGAUUUGAUGUCACCUUUUUUUUGAAAAUUUUCGUUUGCCAAGAUCAAUUUUAUAAACACAGCUAAUUGGGUCUUUCAUUUUCGUUAUUGGAGGUCAUUUUGGAUCAAUUUUUUAAUGGGUUCUCCUUCCAGUUUGUACCAUGGUAUGUGGAGAACAUUUGACAGCCAAGUGUGAGAACUUUUUAUGGCCUCUACGGGGGUCCAACCACAAAGAAUAGAAUGAAUAUAUAUUUUACCACUUAGGAUGGGGUCAUCUUGUGAAGAGAAAGUUUAGACAUUUGGCUAACUGUCUAUGUGGAGCGUAGGGGUGUCACCAUUUGACGGGGUCACCCCACAAAUGGGGUCAUCCAACAGGCAUUUUUAAGACAUUUAAAGGCACUUGCAAGGUGUCAACUCACUUGACUUGCCAAAAAGGAAAAAAGAAGUGGAAAAAAGAACAUUCCAAUCCGAAAUAAGAAAUCAUCCCUGACUCUUGAGCAACCCUCGCGUGGACUAGGAUCAAAAACUGGCGGGGUUUUCCCUUCGAAGCAGGGCGGUUAAUGACCAUUCAUUGUCUUACCUGACCCACUUGUUCCAGUGCCUCCCGAGUUACGACUUCGAGUGGCUUUUGAGUUCAGGUGAGUCACAGUCUCGAUGUAUAAUUUGUAUUUAAAAUGCAACAAACCAUAAUUUUAAAGUCGCCGCUGUGCGUGCAGUUUGUCAAAAAGGACAGGCAGAAGGGCAUGAUGAUGAUGAAGAGGCGGCCGAGGCAACCUGCGGUGCGACUGAAGAAACGGAAUGAAAUUAUUAAGUAUUUGCCUGGGCUGGCAGUUGGAGGAACAAAGGCCAAAGCUUUUAAAUAUUUAAUAAGUAUACAAAAAUGGAGAGGCAGCGAGAGAAGGGAGUCGCAGAGAGUCGCAGGGACAUUCGCCUGUUGUUGAGUCAUGUCAAUUGACUGACUGAGUGCCCCGCUGUGGCGAAAGAAAUGGAAGUGGGAAUGGGAAUGGAAGUGGAAUCAAUACCAUGGAUGGCCGCCUGCAGGGUUCCCAAGUACUCGUAAGGAUAUAUAUACACUCACACACACACACUCUCUGACGUACUAACGGUGACAAUAAAUGAGUAAAAAUGACUUCAACGAAACGAAAAUGAAACGACAAACCGACGGACAGACGAACGGACGAAAUCUGUCAUCAACACGCCGCCAGUGAAGAGCAAAAGAUACGCACCGAGAUACGAGGGAUACGAGGCACUCUCACAGAUACCCGCGCACACCCAUGCGACAGCCAUGAAAUUUGAUACGAUGCGUGUGCGUCAGUUGGAUUGAAAAUGGGGAAUGAAGGACACAGGCAGGACACAAGACACAGGACAGACCAAAGAAAUUUCCAUUUAAUAAUAUCAGUCGCCAGCUUUCGUGUAUUUUCCAAAAAUCUUAUUUAAAACUUUAAAUUUUAUACGUUAUCUAUAUAUUAUCUUUACGGUCUAUUAGCCCGCCAUCCGAAUCAUUAAACAUUGAUAAUAACUAUAAUUAACCAACGAUUUUUUGGUAGUUAUUUUGUCUACAAACCGAAUUCGUAUUGAGAUAUUAGUAGCAGUGUGGUCAUCGAAGUCCUAUGAUGUGCAAAAAGUUUGAAUUUCUGCUUAAUAUGUUUUUGAUCAUAUUUUUGGCCAGAGAAGCGAUUUCUCGGGUUGAUUUCAAGAAUAUAAAGUGCGAAUCAGUCGAUAAACAGUUCUGUAGAUUCGAUACCUGUGCUUUGAAGUCAGUGAAUAGGUCGUACAAGUAUUUAACUGUUUACGUCAAACUCUUCAAACUUCCUGUAAGCGACGUUAAGGUUGAUUUUGGACUCUAUCAACGUCUUAAUGGAUACAAACCCUUUCUGUACAAUUUCACGGUCGACGCCUGUAAAUUCUUUAAGAAUCAAAAGUCAAAUCCAGUUGGUAGUUACUUUUAUGAGUUUUUCAGAGAAACGUCGAACUUAAAAUAUUCAUGUCCCUACAACCAUGAUAUUGUGGUGGAUAAGGUAUCUACAGAACUCUUUAAUCACCGAUUAACAAAAAUUCUGCCAUUUCCGGAGGGAGAGUACAUGGUCCAAAUGAAUUGGCAUGCCUAUGGAAUCAACAGAGGAAUAUUUAAAAUAUAUUUUGCACUCUCAACGCCUAUACUCUGAGUGCUUAUUUGUUUUUGUAAAUGCUCGGCUCAUAUCGACUUGCUCGCCCAUAGGCUUUGAGCGCUAGCCGAACUAUUACACUAACAAAUUUUCGUUUUCCUCUUUCCGCUUCAUUUCGUCGAUAACUGUUCUUGUUUCUUCCUGGAUCAUCUACGGACACUUGCACUGGAAAUCAUUCCUUAUAACUUCUGUUUGCACUUUGGA